CCUUGCAUUUCUACCGUUCCUCUGUAGCACACUGCAACGAAAUCAAGGACCCGAUCGCGUGAGGGUGGAAAGUUCGCGGAGGCGGUGAGGAUGUUGGCGGUGUUCGAUCCGACAGUUGCGAAGAGCCCCGAGGGUCUUAGAGCUCCCUCGGUGGAGGGCGGCGAGGGCAGUAGCUGCCUGGUGAGCUACUUUGCGGAGUCGCAGGCGGGCGCAGUGGUCGUUAGCCUCGGCACCGGUGGCGCCAUCGGUUACUCGAAACAGAAUCAGAACCCUUUGCUUCCGAGAUUAUUUGGUGUUGUGGAUAAUGUGUUUUGCUUGUUCCAAGGCCAUAUUGAGAAUAUAACUUCACUGAAGCAACAAUAUGGAUUGGGUAAGACUGCCAAUGAAGUGAUCAUUGUAAUUGAAGCGUAUAAGACCCUAAGGGAUAGAGGACCAUUCCCUGCUAGCCAAGUUGUCAGAGAUAUCAUUGGGAGAUUUGCUUUUAUUCUCUAUGAUAGUUCAUCAAACUCCACCUUCUUUGCAGCUGAUGCUGAUGGUGGCGUACCCUUCUUCUGGGGUGCUGAUCCUGAAGGCCAUCUUGUACUCUCUGAUGAUGCUGACAUUGUCAAAAAGGGGUGUGGGAAAUCAUUUGCUCCUUUUCCUAAAGGUUGCUUCUUUACUACUUCCAAGGGAUUACAGAGUUUUGAGCAUCCUCUUAAUGAACUCAAAGUGAUGCCAAGGGUUGACAGCCAAGGCCAGGUCUGCAGUGCUACCUAUAAGGUUGAUGAUCAAGCCAAAAAGGAAACCGGGAUGCCUCGAGUAGGUAGCGCCGCAAACUGGUCGUCCCAUUACUAAUCUUUCAGAUAUUACUCAUGUAUGCAUUUGCACUAAAUUUUUAGCAUGAUUUAAAGCAUCUGAUUUCCCUAGAUUUGGAAAUUGCAAAUUUCCCCGGAUGCGAAGUGUUAUUUGAACCUUUACUGUACUUUUGAAGACUCGUCUGUGGCAUUGUCAGUGUUUCGAUGCAACUCCAAUCUGUUGUCUACUACUACUGUUCUCCCAUGUUCGAAGGGAAAUAAAAAUUUCUAAACAAUAAGGCUUCCUAA